ACCACAAUGGCGGUUAAACAACAAGCACGUCAUGCUCUUACACUAACGAGUUUACUUUUAUACCUUCUGCUCCAACCAUGUCCGACUUUUGCCGAAGAACUGACGUGGGAUCAGAACGGCUACGUUUUGUACUGCCCGUGCAUGGGUCGCUUUGGGAACCAGGCAGAUCACUUCCUGGGAUCUCUCGCCUUUGCGAAGAUGUUGAACCGAACCCUCGCGGUCCCUCCCUGGAUAGUGUACCGCCACCACACCCCCCCUUACGCCAAUGUCCACGUUCCCUACAGUGAGUUCUUCCAGCUGGAGGCCUUGUCCGCCUACCACCGCGUGGUCAGUUUGGAGGACUUCAUGGAGAAGCUAGCGCCCAAACACUGGCCCUCAAGACAGAGGAAAGCCUACUGCUUUGAGACCGCCGCACAGCGGAGUGUGGACAAGAAAUCCUGCCCCAUGAAGGACGGGAACCCGUUUGGUCCGUUCUGGGACUACGUCGGCGUGGACUUUGACGCGUCUGUCUUGUUCGCUGGUAUUUCCUUUAGUGCCCACCACCAACAUCAGUGGAUGAAGACGUUCCCUCCCUCGGAGCACCCUGUCCUGGCGAUGCCUGGCGCUCCCGCUCAGUUCCCAGUGACGGAGGAACACGUGGGCCUGCAGCGCUACGUGGUUUGGUCGGACCAGAUGGUGGAGGAGGGAGAAAAGCACAUCGGCACCCUGCUGACCCGGCCGUACGUCGGCAUUCACUUGAGGAUUGGCGUCGACUGGCAAAAUGCCUGCAAGAUGCUGAAGAGCAGCGAAGUAGGGCCUCACUUCAUGGCCUCUCCGCAGUGCGUUGGCUACAACCGCCAGACCGCCUUGCCCCUCACCAAGACCAUGUGCCUCCCUGACCUGGGGGAGAUCAGCAGGGCUGUCAAGCUGUGGGCGAGGAGGACCUCGGCCCGCUCCGUCUACAUCGCCACCGACUCCGAAUCCCACAGCAGUGAAAUUGAAAAGCUCCUGAAGGGCAAGGUGAAAGUGGUGAUCCUUGAGCCAGACUCGGCCCAAAUGGACCUGUACAUCUUGGGCCGGGCCGACCACUUCAUCGGCAACUGCGUCUCCUCCUUCUCCGCCUUCGUGAAGAGAGAGCGGGACGUCCGCGGCCUCCCGUCCUCCUUCUUUGGCAUGGACAAGCCCGGGAUAUCCAAUCCCAGAGAAGAACUCUGAACACGAGGGUGACGCCUUCUGGACGCUAACGCCGAAGUGCCGUCACGAGAGAAUAUUUAUACGUGACGUGAUGGUCCGUGAAGGCCUGUCCAAUUUUAGAAUAUGGGUUUUAAUCCAUGAGGAAGGAGGAAGGGCUUAUGAAAUAUGAUGCUGUGACAUGGACACUUUAUUUUUGUCUGUUCCCUGCUUUAAAAAUCCCAUCCUAAUGUGUUUCCAAGACUUGACUUUCACCUGCUCGUGUUCACUAUACUGAAGCCAGUUUCUUUCUUUCCGUCACGGAUACAAAACCUUUCCCAAUCCCAUCUCCAUUAGCUGCCGCCACACUCUGCGGCUGCAACCGUGUUUUGCAAUCCCGACAUGUUGACCCCCGGUGAACCCUGGAAAAGAGGCAGCGAUCAUGUUCUCCCUCGCUCUUUUGCCUUCUUCUCUUUCUCUCCCCUACGUUUCCAACCCUCCUUGCUUUUUCCAGCUCACUCUUUCUUUUCCUCUGUCCUGCAUUCCGAGGAGAGCACAGUAAACUGAUCCUCCUGCACAUACUAAUUAUAGGGAGGAAAAAGGAGACCGUCUCUCCACCUCCCAAUUUAUCAGGACCAAAGAAACUGAUGAAAAUGUGUGGAGCCCUGUACUGAAUGUUGAGGGGAGAGUAUUGUUAUUCCGUGAAUGAAUGUUUCAGGGAUGUUUUUGGGGAGACAAAAUGAGUUGAUUUGCACAGGCUGACUUGUUUAAAUGCAAGUGGGGAUGUUUGGCAAUCUAAUUGUGUUCUUCUGUGUGAAAGCAGUGAAUGCACUAACUUUUAAUUUGAAUGAUUUCUAUAAUGUUUUUCACCAAUAAAGUGAUACACACUCAUUUUUAAAUAA